AUGCCACCCAAAAGAAAAGUCAACAAUAAUGAUACCACACCAAAUACUGAAAAAAAAGUCAAAAAAUCCACUGCCUUUGUUGCUUUUGAUCCUUCUUUGCCUAAUAAUAUGACAUUUCCUGAUCCUCUGGUGAUAUCUGACGAAGACAAGAAAACUCCAGGAUGUGUUACCAUUGCCUCUUACAAUGUAGCUAGUUUGAAUGCGUGUAUCAAGAAAGGAUUUAACAAAUAUAUUGAUGCUGAGGAUGCCGAUAUUGUUUGUAUUCAAGAAACAAAAGUUAAUGCUCCUGUAUCAACUGCCGUCAAUGAUAAAGUAUAUAAAUAUAGGUAUUGGGCUUUUGAAGAAAAGAAGGGUUAUGGUGGUAUUGCCGUGUUCUCCAAACACAAACCUAGUCAAGUAAUAUAUGGUCUUGAAGGUUAUGAAAGUAUUUCUCGUGGUCGUGUGAUCCUAUUGACCUAUCCAUCAUUUACAUUGAUUGCUUGUUACUCACCAAAUGCUGGUGAUAAAUUGGUCAGACUUGGCGAAAAACAAACAUUUGAUGCUGCUAUGGAAAAACAAAUUCGAUCAUUACAACAAAAAGGUAUUCCUGUCAUUUGGACUGGUGAUUUGAAUGUGGCUCAUGAACCAGAUGAUUUGGCACGACCUGAUUCAAACGAACGAUCAGCAGGAUAUACCAUUGAAGAACGAACAGACUUUACGAAAAUCUUAUCACCUUAUGAAAAAGACCCAUCCGUACCUGGUCUAGUGGAUUCUUGGCGCUAUUUACAUCCUAAUGCAAAAGGACACUAUACUUACUUUAGUUAUAGAUUUCGAUGUAGGGAGAAACUACUUGGUUGGCGCUUGGAUUAUUUUUGUUUGACUCCGGACUUAUUACCCAAAAUGAUCAACAGUUCCAUCAGAUACGAAGUAUGGGGAGCUAGUGAUCAUGUGCCUAUUGUGUUAUUAUUGAAGGAUGUUAGUUUUUAG